AUGAAGCCAAAGCAACAACAACAACCCAUCUCGUCGUCUCAUAACGAGAACAUCCCCAACGGUGAGACGACAGUCGCCCACGAAGAAACAUAUCAGAAGAACUGGGUCAUCGGAGGAAAAUACCGGGAACAAUUAUACGAGGAACACUCCCAAGAGUUUGAGGGUAAAUUGGUACAGGAGGUCGAUUUCGACCUUCCCCUUACAGCUACCAAACCAUCUCAACAUAAUGGCCAGAACUUCGUUAUUCUGGAAUUUGCGGAGGGAGACAAGGAGAACCCGUUCAAUUGGAACUCGAAGUACAAAGCGUUCAUCAGUGUCCUGCUGUGUGCAAUGACACUCUUUAUCGGUCUCGCCACCACUGCAUACAGCGCCGGGAUUUCACGCAUGACAGAGGAAUUUGGUGUGUCAACGGAAAUUGGUCAAUUGGGUCUUUUCUGCUUCAACUUCACCUGCGCCCUGGCACCUCUCUUCCUGGCACCAUUCUGUGAGUUGGCCGGUCGUCGCGUUGUCUAUGUCGGAGCAUACGUCUGCUUUGCUCUGAUGUUCAUUGGACUCUCCCUCGGAAAGAACAUUGCUACAAUCCUCGUCUGCCGUUGUCUGCUCGGUCUGUUUGGCUGUGUCGGAACCAUCCUGGUCGGUGGAACAUUCGGCGAUAUGUACACACCUGCCCAUCGCGCCAUCCCGAUGGCAUCCUUCUCUUUCAUCGCCAUCUUCGGAACAGUCGCCGCGCCCAUCUACACCGGCUUCAUCGACCAGGCUCUGGGCUGGCGCUGGGUCGAAGGUAUCCAAGGCUUGGCCAACAUUCCCCUUGGAAUUCUGAUCGUCAUCUUCCUCAAGGAGACUCGCGGUGGUGUGACCCUCACCAAGCGCGCCAAGAUGCUCCGCCAGAACACUGGUGACGAGCGUUUCGUCACUCACAACGAUCUCGAAGCUCCCGGUGUUAAGGAAAUGCUGCACAACUCCUCAGUUAAGGCCAUCCGCAUGCUCUUCACUGAGCCCGUUGUAUUUGCUUUCGGACUGUGGAUCAGCUUCGCUUGGUUCCUGGCUUUCCUCUUCCUGUCCGUGAUCCCGAUCACAUACCAAGAGAAGCGCGGCUGGGGUGAGGGUACUUCCGGCCUGCCAUACAUCGCCCUGUGCUUCGGCACAACCCUGGCAUUCGGUCUGAACUUCUUCCAGAUCCGCAAAUACGAGACCAUCGUGGCGGACAAGAGUCGCAAGACCCAGCCCGAGGACCGCUUGUACGGUGUCCUCUUUGGCGCUGUCUGGCUUCCCAUUGGACUAUUCAUCUACAGCUUCACUCAGUAUAAGCAGCUGCACUGGUUCGGCCCGAUUGUCGGACUUGCAUUGAUCGGUGUUGGUAUCUUCUUCAUCUUCGAGUCCUGCUAUAGUUAUACCUCGGACUGCUACGGCGAGAACUCCUCAUCCGCGAUCGCCGGUCAGGGAUUCAUGCGUAACACGCUUGGUGCUGUAUCUCCGCUGUUCGCGUCGCAGUUCUUCCACAACCUCGGCAGCCAGUGGGCGGGUCUGUUGUUGGCACUGAUUGCCACCCUCCUGACCUUGAUCCCCUUUGUGCUGUACAAGUAUGGGCCUGCUCUCCGGGCACGCUCGAAGCUUGCCAGCACAAUUGUGAAUAGCAGCACAGAUUAA